GCACACGGAGGCUAAACUUCCGGUGUACGAGCCCGACAUCCGAGGUGGAGACGGAGGAAGAAGAAGGGAUUAAGCGGAAAUAUCGCUCGGGAACGAAAGGUCCGAAAGUACGGCGACAAAAAGCGAGACGAUCGGCUACGGGCGACCGACACCGAGCGCGACACAAACCGAGGACAGCCGUCCGCCGAGCUCGCUCAACACGCCAUUUAACCCCGUUGGAGAUUUAGGGAUGAACUUAGAAUGAAUGUCAACCAGCAAGCGCACAUGGCCUCCCCGUAUGGACAGCCGCCGCCUGGCUAUCAGGGAUACCCACAGCCUGCCUAUGGGGGGCAGCACAUGGCCGGGGGCUACCCCGCCCAGUAUACGCCCUACAACGGCCCCGCCCCUGGAUACCAGCAAGGAGCCCCGCCUCCAGGAUAUUCUCCUUAUUCGAGCUUUCCCUCUAAGGCUCUUGCUGCAAAUGUAGUUUCCGACCUGUCCUCUCCCUCUCCUCUUGACUUGGGUCCGGCGCGGCAGCCCCCCACUUCUGGGGCUCCCCCUGUUUCAGCCCCGCAGGCUUACAGCGCUUACCCCCAGGGAGGGGUGCAGAACGGCCCCCCCUCCAUGAACAGCCAGCCACAGAGGCCGCCGGUCUCUCAGCCCUACGCCCCACCUCAGGCGCAUCCUCCCGUGACCCAGCCUGCUUACCACCAGCAGUAUGGAGAUCCGCCCACCAGCACCCAGCAAAUGACCAAUCAGAUGGCUGGCAUGCAGAUCGGCUCCACAGCAGCAUCCGUGGCAGGUCCUGGUUAUGGUCCACCUCCAUCUUCUCAGCCUCCCGCCUCUGCUGCUUUUACAUCUGCCCCUCCCUCCUUCACUGCUCACUCGGCUCCCGCCUCCCAGCCUCCCCUAAACGCCGGCAUGCCCCAGGGACCCCCGCCCUCUGUCUACGGGGCGCCCCCGUCCUCGCAGCAGUCUUUCCCGGGGUCUGCCCCGCCUUCCCGGCCCCCCUUUUCGGGAGCCGCCCCCCCUCCCUCGCAGCAGUCCUUCUCGACAGCGCCCCCUGCCUCACAGCCUCCGUUCUCCGGGGCUCCGCCUCCGCCCUCCCAGCCUUCGUUCGGCGGGCCGCCUCCUCCCUCUCAGCCCCCUUUUGCUGCGGGUCCGCCGCCAACCUCCCAGCCCCAGUUAACCCCAGGGCCCCCCCCUUCCCAGCCCCCUUUCACCGGUGCCCCCCCUCCCACCUCCCAGUCUCAGUUCCCGGGCGGACCCCCCCUCCAGCCACCUGUUUCUCAGCCCACCUCCUACCACUCAGCUCCUCCUCCCGCCACUGGCUUCCCUCCCCCACCAGGGGGCGCUACCCCUAGCCUCCCAGGGAUGCAGGGGCCCCCGCUUCCGCACCAGUCCCUGUCAGGGCCUGCCAUGCCGCAGCCUAACCACAUGGCUGGGCCCCCAGGGCAGCCCGGCAUGCAGGGGAUGCCCCCUGGCCCCCCCACGUCAGGUGUGCCUGGACCCCCGCCACAGGCAGGGCUGCAGGGCUAUCAGCCCCAGCAGAACGGUGCCUACGGGCAGAUAAGGGGGCCUCAGCCGGGCUAUCCAGGCUCUUACCCCGGGCAGCAGAGUUUCGGGGGACAGCCCCCGGGCCCGGCCCCCGCGCCGGCCCCUGCACCCGCCCCGCCGCCACAGAAACGGCUGGACCCCGACUCCAUCCCCAGCCCGCAAGCCACAGAUCUGCAGCCUGUGCAGAAAACGAGGCAUAGAAUAGACCCAGACGCUAUUCCCAGCCCAAUUCAAGUGAUCGAGGACGACAGAGCCAAUAAGAGCAGUGAGCCCUUCACCACGGGGGUGAGAGGUCAGGCCCCGCCUCUCGUCACGACCACCUUCCAGGUCAGAGAUCAAGGGAACGCUAGCCCCCGCUUCAUCCGCUGCACGGCCUACAACAUGCCCUGCACCUCUGACAUGGCCAAACAGUCCCAGGUCCCGCUGGCAGCCGUCAUCAAGCCCCUGGCCACGUUGCCCCCAGACGAGACGCCCCCCUAUACGGUGGACCACGGAGAGAGCGGGCCGAUCCGCUGCAACCGCUGCAAGGCCUACAUGUGUCCCUACAUGCAGUUCAUCGAGGGCGGGCGGCGCUUCCAGUGCGCCUUCUGCAGCUGUGUGACGGAGGUGCCCCCCCAUUACUUCCAGCACCUGGACCACACGGGGAAGCGUGUGGACUGCUACGACCGGCCAGAGCUCUCCUUGGGCAGCUAUGAGUUCCGCGCCACCGUGGACUACUGCAAGAACAACAAGCUGCCGCAGCCCCCGGCCUACAUAUUCCUGAUCGACGUGUCCUACAACGCCGUGCGCAGCGGCCUGCUCAGCAUCAUCUGCGAGGAGCUCAAGACGCUGCUGGACUUCCUGCCCAGGGAGAACCCGGAGGGCGACUCGAGCGUCAGAGUGGGCUUCGUCACCUACAACAAAGUGCUGCACUUCUACAACGUCAAGGGCUCCCUGGCGCAGCCGCAGAUGAUGGUGGUGUCGGACGUGGCCGACAUGUUCGUGCCCCUGCUCGACGGCUUCCUGGUCAACGUGGCCGAGUCCAGGGCGGUGAUAAACAGCCUGCUGGAGCAGAUCCCAGACAUGUUCGCCGACACGCGGGAGACGGAGACCGUGUUCGGGCCCGUCAUCCAGGCCGGGCUGGAGGCCCUCAAGGCGGCGGACUGCGCGGGGAAGCUUUUCAUCUUCCACUCCUCGCUGCCGAUCGCCGAGGCCCCUGGGAAACUGAAGAACCGCGAGGAUAAAAAGCUGGUGGGCACGGACAAAGAGAAGUCCUUGCUCCAGCCCCAGAUCAGUUUCUACGGUAACCUGGCGAAGGAGUGCGUGGGGCAGGGCUGCUGCGUGGACCUCUUCCUCUUCCCCAAUCAGUACGUGGACGUGGCCACGCUCGGCGUGGUGCCCGUCUCCACCGGCGGCUCCGUCUACAAGUACACCUACUUCCAGGCGCAGACGGACAGAGAACGCUUCCUCAACGACCUCCGGAAAGACGUGCAGAAGAACGUCGGCUUCGACGCCGUGAUGAGGGUGCGGACGAGCACAGGUAUCAGAGCAACGGACUUCUUCGGCUCCUUCUACAUGAGCAACACCACGGACGUGGAGCUGGCGGGCCUGGACUGCGACAAGACGGUGGCGGUGGAGUUCCGGCACGACGACAAGCUGAGCGAGGAGACGGGCGCCCUCAUGCAGUGUGCCGUGCUCUACACCAGCUGCAGCGGGCAGAGGCGGCUGCGGAUUCACAACCUGGCCGUCAACUGCUGCACCCAGCUGGCGGACCUGUACCGCAACUGCGAGACAGACACCCUCAUCAACUUCUUCGCCAAGUCCGCCUACCGCAGUGUCCUCAGCCACCCCACCAAGACGGUGCGGGACAGCCUGGUGAACCAGUGCGCCCAGAUCCUGGCCUGCUACCGCAAGAACUGCGCCAGCCCCUCCUCAGCGGGACAGCUGAUCCUGCCGGAGUGUAUGAAGCUGCUGCCCGUGUAUCUGAACUGUGUGCUGAAGAGCGACGUGCUGCACCCUGGGGCCGACGUCUCCCUCGACGACCGGGCCUACCUGCGACAGCUGGUCGGCUGCAUGGACGUGGCCGAGACCCACGUCUUCUUCUACCCACGCCUGCUGCCGCUGCAAAAGCUGGAUGCGGAGAGUGACACCCUGCCGGUGGCGGUGCGAGACUCGGAGGAGCGUCUGUCCAAGGGCGGGGUGUACCUGCUGGAGAACGGCCUGAACCUCUUCCUCUGGGUGGGGGCCAACGUGCAGCAGGAGCUGCUGCAGAACAUCUUCGGCAUCUCCGCCUUCGGACAGAUCGACCCCAACAUGACAACCUUGCCGGAGCUGGAUAAUCCUUUCUCCAGGAGGCUGAGGGAAAUUGUCGCGUCCUUCAGAGCACAGCGGUCGCGAUACAUGAAGCUGAUGGUGGUGAAACAGGAAGACAAGCUGGAGCUGAUCUUCAGGCACUUCCUGGUGGAGGACAAGAGCAGCAGCGGCGGGGCGUCCUACGUGGACUUCCUGUGUCACAUGCACAAGGAGAUCCGGCAGCUGCUGAGCUAGGAGAGGGGUUUCGGCCCCCCACCCCGCCCCCCCGAAACCCAUCCUUCACCCCCUCCAAUCACAGACUCGCUUAAUCUUUUAUUUGACACGAAUAAGCAAAAUGAAUCAACCCGCCUCCCCUCUUCCCUUUUAUCUCCCUUCCUACCUAUAUAACCUGAAAGAGUGAAAGAGGAUUGCACGGAUUCUGAUUGGUCGGCGGCAUUUGCGCUGUCGCGGUUCCUCCGGCCCAGGCCAGGCCCGGCUUCCCGUCCGAUCCGGGCGCUGUGGCCGUGACGCCGGGGACGGGCCCACGCUGCACGCGUGCGCGAAGCGGCCAUGCUGAUUGUAUAGAAGUGUUCUGUCUCUCAAACUGUGGCACUGAAUGAUCUCUGGGUGGGAAAACACUGCAGACCCUGAUCAAAGGUGGCGUGCUUUUGUAAGAGAAAAGCUGGAAACUUCGCUAGAGAGAAGUCAAAAUCAGUAACAGAUCUUACGAAGAGGAAAAAUAUAUUUAAAAAAUAUAAUAAUAAAAUUCUGGUUUUACAUCCGGAGAUUU